AUGGCCUGCACAGCGCCAUCAUUACCGGCAUUAUCCUCGCCGGCUUCGUCGGAGGCUGCUUCUGCUUUCCCGGAAGUCUCAUCUCCAGCCACGUCGAAUGACGAGUACGAGGAACCCGAACGAGAGAUCUACACCAUACACGACCUCCUGCUCGCGCGAGCCAACGGAAAAGCCGCUGACGAGCCUAUUGUCGCGUACCCUUCUCAGGACAUCGAUUAUGCAUACUAUACUCCUCGCCAGUUAGAUGACUUUGUGGAGACCGCGGCUGUUCACUAUGCGGAGGUAAUUCCCCAACGUCGGUCAUCGGAGGAUCCUGUGCAAGUCGUGGGUUUGCUGGGCCCCUCUGAUUUUGAAUACCUCAUCACAUUAAUGGCCAUUUCAAGAUUGGGACACACAGUACUGUUGCUUUCUACGCGCAUCGCCGAGGAUGCCUAUGUCAGUCUGGUUGACGCCACCAAGGCCUCUUUUCUCAUCGCACAAGAUGGUUUCAAGGCUAUGGCGGACAACGUAAGCAGUAGGACGGGUGUUGCAGUGCAGCCAGUGUUGAAGCGCGAGGACUAUGACAAUUCCACUACCGGCAAGCUGGUUCUCGACGCCAGCAAUCUUGACGGGCCGACGGAGGCCAAGAAUGUAUGCUGGAUCAUCCAUUCGAGUGGCUCAACAGGGCACCCCAAGCCGGUCUAUCAAACGCAUGCUGGUGCGUUGAAAAAUUACGCCAAUAAUUUUGGUCUCAAGGGAUUUAUCACCCUGCCCCUCUUUCAUGCCCACGGCAUCAGCUGUCUGUUCCGAGCAAUUCACUCCCAGAAGCUAAUCUAUAUGUACAAUGCGAAGCUGCCAUUGACAGCCUCAUACUUACUAUCCACUCUGCAGGGACACCCGGACAUUCAAGUGCUCUAUGCCGUUCCAUACGCCUUGAAACUUCUUUCCGAGUCAGCACAGGGCCUGGAGUCCUUGGCGCGGAUGGAGCUGGUCAUGUUUGGGGGCUCGUCCUGUCCCAAGCCGAUUGGCGACACACUCGUGCAGAAUGGGACUUUACUAGUCUCCCAUUAUGGGACUACUGAAACGGGACAACUGAUGACAUCCUUCCGGGAGCGCUCAGAUCUGGACUGGGAUUAUGUUCGACCAGGCCCCUCCUUGCUACCAUAUAUUCGAGGGGUGGCCAUCGAAGGUGGCGAGCAAUUGCCUGAUGGAUCCUAUGCGACCAAAGACCUAUUUGAGAAGCACCCCACCAAGCCCAAUGCCUGGCGUUACUACGCUCGACUGGACGACACGCUAGUGUUGGAGAAUGGUGAAAAGGCCAAUCCGCUCAUUAUCGAGGGUGUGGCUCGUAAUCAUCCUGAUGUGGGCGAGGCAAUUGCCUUCGGUGCCAACAAGGAUCAUCUGGGGUUAUUCCUCGUUCGUGCAGCGAACGCUGUGAGUAAGACAGACGAAGAUAUCAUUGAUGCGGUCUUGCCGGCCAUCGAAAUGUGCAAUGCGGACUCCCCAUCUUAUGCUCACAUUUCGCGUGAUAUGAUCCAAGUCCUCCCUGCCAACACGGUAUAUCGCGCAACGGACAAAGGAACCGUUAUCCGCUCUGCAUUCUAUCGCGAUUUCCAGGAGCAGAUUGAGCAGGUUUAUGAGCAGGGCGAUGCUACUGGUGAUCAAAUUCUUGAGGGAACUGAGUUGAAUGCCUUUCUCCGCGAAAGCUUGCUAGAAGUGGCCCCAACUGUCGAUUCUGCUGUGUUGGAGGAUACCACCGACGUAUUCAGUCUGGGUGUUGACAGUUUACAGUCAAUUCGCUUACGCAAAGAAAUCACCAAGACGCUCAGCCUUGGUGGUCAAAAGCUAUCCCAAAACUUCGUGUUUGAACACCCCUCGAUUCAGCGCAUGGCAGAUGAAAUCACCCGGAUCCGCCUGGGGCUCGAUGCGGACAAACAGAUGCCCAUCGAAGAACAGAUGUCGCAGCUGAUUGAUAAGUAUAGCAAGAAUUUUAAAACGCAUAUUCCGGUACCGCAAGCCAUAGAUGGCGAGCGCAUCGCUGUGACUGGGGCUACCGGCUCGUUGGGUGCGCACCUUGUUGCCCAGCUGAUCCAAAUGGAACAUGUCCAGACAGUCUUUUGCCUGGUUCGGGCAGAUUCUGUGCACUCUGCCCUUCGCCGGGUGCGACAGUCUCUUUAUGAACGUGGUCUGUUGUACAGCUUGAGUCCCGCUGAUGAACGCAAGAUCGUUGCUUUGCCCGCACAACUCUCCAACACAUCUCGCCUCGGGUUGGAUGAAACCACAUACACGCAGUUGACUCAGUCGCUGACUGCUGUGAUUCACUGUGCUUGGUCAGUCAAUUUCAACUGGUCUCUGGGAAGUUUCGAGGAUAGCUGUAUUGCCGCGACUCGUCAUCUGCUGGACCUCUGUCUGGACGCACAAGGGCCUAUGCCCGCAAGAUUCUCCUUCUGCUCAUCUGUCAGCACAGUGGCUCGGACCCCAGGACACUGGGUACCGGAAGAGCUGCCUGAGUCUUUGGCAUACGCCCAAAACAUGGGCUAUGCGCAGUCAAAGCUAGUGACAGAACACAUCGUCAACCGCGCGGCGCAACACACUAACAUCGCUGCCCGAGUCUUACGUGUAGGCCAAAUUGUUGCAGACACCGCCCAUGGCGUCUGGAAUGCUACAGAGGCUAUUCCCAUGAUCCUUCAGACGGCAAAGACUAUCAAGGCUCUUCCUCAGCUGGACGAUGUUCUCUCCUGGACCCCUGUUGAUGUCAUUGCCAACAGCGUCAUUGAACUUACAUUGGGAACAGACGCAGCAGACAUAGUGAACCUUACCAACCCCACGCUCAGUCAUUGGACUCGCGACCUGCUUCCGCUGCUCAAAGCCGCUGGGCUAGAAUUCGAGCAAUUGCCCCAGCGCGAGUGGUUGAAACGUCUGCGUCAUUCUAACCCAGACCCAGCCGAGAAUCCUCCUAUCAAGCUGAUCGAGUUUUUUGCCAGCAAGUACGACCAUGAUCGGCCGAGUCGAGUCCUCCUCUAUGACACAAAGAAAGCUCAGGCCGGUGCACCAGCUCUCCGGCAGGCGGGAGGGUUAAACGCACAGUUUGUAUCACGUUUCAUGGCAUAUUUCCAAAGCGAUUGCUGGGCAAACAAGGAAACAACAUCUGUGCCCAAGGUUACCCGCGAGGUCAUCUUCCUGGCAGGUCCUUGCGGUUGCGGUAAGAGUACUGCGGCGCAGGCACUGGCGCAACGAUUUAACAUACCCAUCAUUGAGGGUGACGAUCUCCACUCGCCAGCUUCCCGACAGCGGAUGGCCAACAAUAAUCCUCUCACCGACAGCGACCGGUGGGACUGGUUAGCUCAUAUUCGUGGAGCGGUGAUGGACCGACUUCAACACUCAGCAGCACCAGCGGUCGUAGUAACUUGCUCGGCGCUGCGGACUAUCUACCGUGACGAACUGCGGCGCUUGUCGCGACUCUUUGACUUCCCCGUCAACGUUACGUUUCUUAUGCUGUCAAUCAAGGAUCGAGCACAGCUGAAGGACCGGCUCGCUGCUCGAUCCGCUAAGGAGGGCCACUAUAUGAGCUCGGCGAUGGUCGACUCGCAACUGGAUACGUUGGAGGGUCCGUCUGGCACUGAAAGUGACGUUAUCUCGCUAGAUUCUGAUCAACCGAUGGAGAAUAUGCUUCAAGAAGUAGAGGAUGUUGUUCAGGGCUUUCUGAAUCUGUGA